AUGAUUUUCUUUUCUUUUUCCUUGUUUAUUGCAGGGAUUCCUAAUAUUCCAGUUCAUGCAACAUGGAACCAGAAUGGAGAGAUAGUUGCUGGAGGUAAUGGAUCUGGCAAUGCCACAAAUGAACUUUGGAGCCCUUUUGGUCUCUACAUUGAUGAUGAUCAAACAAUAGUCAUCGCUGACCACGACAAUAAUCGUAUCAUUCAACGGAAGAUGGGCCAUACAGAUGCACGAAUUGUAGCUGGGGGUAAUGGCGAAGGCAAUGGACCAAAUCAAUUGCAUAAUCCAACUGACGUAUUGAUCGCUAAACAAACAGAUAGUCUCAUUAUUUGUGAUCGAUCGAAUCGACGAGUUGUACAAUGGUCUCGUUGUAAUGGUACAACUCAAGGAAAAAUCCUCAUCGGUAAUAUCAGUUGUUAUGGGUUGGCCACGGAUGAUCAGAGAUAUCUCUAUGUCUCUGACACCAAAAAACAUGAAGUAAUACGAUAUCAAAUAACAAACGAGAAUGGAACUCUCGUUGCUGAUGGCAAUGGCACCGUUGCUGGUGGCAAUGGUAGCGGCGCUGGUCCCAAUCAACUCAACACGCCAGCCUUCAUCUUUGUCGAUCAAGAACAGACUAUCUACGUAUCAGACAGAGGCAAUCGUCGUGUGAUGAAAUGCAAUAAAGAUGUAAAACAAGAAAUUUUUGUUCCUGAAGAUGAAGACAAUGAGAAUGCUCUGACAAAAUUGUCGAAUCCUCAAGGACUGUUCGUCGAUACGUUGGGUACCAUCUAUGUGGCAGAUGAAGGAAAUCAUAAAGUGAUGCGUUGGUCUAAUGGAACGAAACAAGUCACUGUCAUUGUGAGUGGAAAUGCUAAAGAAGAAGAAGAACACCAGUUGAAGCGUCCCAUGGGUCUGUCCUUCGAUCGAGAUGGCAAUCUCUAUGUCGUUGACGGUGGUUCUAAUGGAACUAAUAGUGUUAAGCGUUUUGACAUCGAAAAAACUCAUUGCCAGUGA